CCGUGCUUAGCACUAGCCGGAUCCCGAGUAUAGGAUCAAAGCGGCGCCGUAAGUGAAGACUUGCGCGCACCUCUUACACUUUCGUGCUUCUAGGGCCAGAAGUGACUCUUCCGAAAAGAAGAGCGGAGGCGGCGCGCGGAGCAUAUGGCGGUUUGCGGGUGUGACGUCAGAAAACCGGAAGUCGCGAUGUUGGGGCCUAGAGAAGCCGCCGAGGCCUGGCCGCCUAAGCAGCAGGAGCAGCUGCCAUGGGGCCGGUCUCGCGUUCGCGGAGCCCCCUGGACUCCCCGGGGCCCCGCCGGGGACGAGAGAGCGGCUCGGCCAGCCCUUCCCCGUCCAGGCACAGUCGCAGCCGCAGGUCUCGCUCUCGGGAGCGCAACGGCUUCCGACGCCCGCAUCACUUCGGUUACCGGCACGACCCGGAGCACUACGGCAAGGAGCAGGAGGAGUCGCUGCGUCAGAGACGACUAAAUGAGAGAGAACGAAUAGGCGAACUAGGAGCACCUGAAAUCUGGGGACUCUCACCAAAACUUCCUGAGCCAGAUUCUGAUGAACAUACACCCGCAGAAGAUGAAGAUGGAUCAUCUAAAAAAAGCAGCACUUCCGAGUCCAGUUCAGAAGAGGAAGAGAAGAAAAGGAAGAAGAAAAAGAAAAAGAAGAAAAAGGCUGCAGCACGUGAGGAGGAGAAAAAAAGAGCCAAGAAGAAGAGAAAGAAGCAUAGAAAGAAAAAGAGCAAGAAAAAGAAGAGUAAGAAGAGCAGGAAGGAUUCUAGUGACUCGAGCAGCGAAGACUCUGACGAGGGAACUCUACAUGGGGACGAUCUCUGGAUUGAGAGAUCAAAAAACCCCGACUCCGUGGAUUUUAUUGGCCCAGAAGCUCCCAUCACUCACGCUUCUCAAGACGACCGUCCUUUGAACUAUGGACACGCUUUGCUGCCCGGUGAAGGUGCCGCCAUGGCCGAGUACGUCAAGGCGGGCAAACGGAUCCCCAGGAGAGGCGAGAUCGGCCUUACCAGCGAAGAAAUCGCUUCCUUUGAGAAAUCCGGCUACGUUAUGAGUGGCAGCAGGCAUCGGCGAAUGGAGGCGGUCCGUCUGCGGAAAGAGAACCAGAUCUACAGCGCGGAUGAGAAGAGGGCCCUGGCGUCUUUCAACCAGGAGGAAAGGCGGAAGAGAGAAAACAAGAUCCUAGCCAGCUUCCGGGAAAUGGUCUACCGAAAAACUAAGAGCAAGGAUGAGAAAUGAACGACGUGUCCUCCCUAGUGAUGGGCAGAUGGGUGGGGCCCUGACACUGCCUUGUGCUAUGGGGAAUUUGCGGGGGAAACAGUCCCUGAGAUAUCCAGCUUCAGAACCCUAAUUGGUCUGGUGAGGCCUUGGAACUAACUCGCAGGGUCUUUCCAACUUGCAAUCCAAGUCAGAAUAACCAAAGCAGGCCAAUCGGUACCACCAUAAUGCCCAGAAGCUAUUGAGAUACUGUUGCUUCUUUUUGGUUGAGAAAGUAGCACUUUAAAAAGAAAAAAGAAAACCAGAGCAAAUGGAGCAAAGAUUUCCAUUUAUGGGGGUUGAGAGAAGACCUGUUUUCUAUCCACUUUGACAAGAAGAAAAUAUUAAGCCCUGAAUGAAACAACAAGGUCUCUUAUAAGACGAGUGUGUUUUGUGAAAAAUGGCCAGAACAUACCCUGGGUCUGACUCUAUGCCCCCAAAAGACAGAAGUAGCUUUAAUACUGAUGGUUGCCUUUAUAAGCUUCCUGCCUCCAACAGACACAAAUAGGAGUGGAUGGAUCAUUAAAAACAGAGAAAAAUGGUUUAAAUCAUGUUCUCUGGCUCAGACCAUCAAGUGUGGGGCAUCUCCUGCAGACUCCUUGUAAAUAGGAACACAAAAUAUUCUUUUCAUUUUGAGAUUUUUUUGCAGGUUUAAUAUCAUUUUGCAAGCAAGAAUGCUUUUGCGGAUCGGUAAAUGUAUUUCCUGCUCAACUAAGUGUAAAUAGAAGAUGGAAUAUUCAUCUGAGUAAGUUUUUAACCCUUUAGUUUCUUCAGUGGUUUUAUCUAUAGAUAAAAUAUGUUGGGUUGGAAUUCAAAGCCCAUGUACCAACUGCCACGUAUUGUGGGAGUUUUCAGUUUCUGUUGCCUUUUGUAAAUUUGGAGUGCCCCAUAAACUUUAGAAGCAAAGCUGGAGCCAUGUUUUGAAACAAGGAAGAAAAGAAAAUCCCAAUGUAACUACACCCCAGUAUCAAGGACAGCUUUAUUGAAUGCAUUCUGGACAUUACUUUUUUGCACAGUUCCGGUAUGGUACACCACUUCUAAAGUCUAUUUUUAAAAUUAAAAUGUCCUCCCUAAGUA